AUGUCGCCCACCACUGUCCGUAAUAAUUAUUAUGCAAUCCUUGGAAUCCCCCAGUCCGCGGAUUCGGCUACUAUAAGAUCGAGAUACAAACGUCUGGUUUUGGAUACGCACCCAGAUCGAAACAAGGAACCCAAUGCAACAGCUGAAUUCCAACUACUUCAAACAGCAUACGAGGAGCUUUAUGAUGUCGAUAAACGCCGAGAAUACGAUAGGAUAUAUCGAUCAACAAUAGGUCCUGAAGAAGCCAAGAACCAAAAGAUAGCAGAACUAGAAAAGCGGCUUGUGCAGCUCAAGGUUGAACUCAUUGGGCUGGAAACCCUUUUGCGCAAUCUAACCAAGGAAUUGGUUAGACUAUUAGCGGAAGGAGACAGCAUCAAAGGGGAGAAAGAACGCCUUGUGAGGGAAAGAAAUUCAGAAGAGAGAUGGUGGCUCUACAUCUGCUCCUUCAUGCCAGGCAGAGCGGCGGAAUUCACACGCCAGAAGCAACUACGAGAGCGUGUAAUGACUACCAUGGCUGGAAAACAACGUACGAAGGAAUGGAACAUCAAUCUCAAGUUGGCAGAGAUCAAGUCUCUCAAAGAAAGUAUUCAGUCUAUCCACUCGGUCGAGUGUAGAACCAAAGUGGAGAUACGGAGGAUAGAAGAGUGCUGGCGCCAGUUGGUAAUACUACAGGAAAUGGAAAGAGUUUUAGCAGAACGGAGAAAUCAAAGAGAGCAAGCGGAUCGUGCUCGUGCGGCAACCCAGGCAAACUAUUUCACGAAGAGGAACAGCUACAAUAUGUGGGGAUUUUGA